UUUCCAACUCUGGCUUAUAAACGGCGCAAAUUGUUUGGAAAUAUGUCGAAUAAAUCGGACAAGUUGCACAAACAAGUUGUACGGGAGCAACAAAAACGAAUCAAACCAGGAGAAUGUCAAAAAUAUGUGCGUAUGGUUAUAGACGCUGGCUUCUUGCACAUUUCGGUUGGCCAGGAGCUCUUGCAGCAAAUAAACUCCACCGACUUGAAGUAUGAAAUUCGCAGUUUGCCCAUCGGAAACUGUAUCAUCUGGGAACGCAAUAUUGGCCAGCAUACAAUAGUGCCAGGCAGUAGUGGUUCUGCCCUGGACGAAGCCUGGAAAAUGGAGAACCAUGUCCUCCAUUGGAUAGGCGAAUCAAAUAUGCACCACUCUCAGCAGGAGCAAAGAGCUUGCCUGGGACACAAGUUGCGGAUUGCGUUUCCCGACUGCCAGUAUACAGUGGCGUUGCCGAAACUACGCCACAGCAAGCACAGCUCGGGCAGUCAGGAUCCUAGUGGAUUGAUCGAGCUACAACUGUUGCAUCAGCUUCACGUGGAGCAGCUGGGAACUCCUGAGAGCCAGGAGCUGUUGUGCCUGCUCCAACGCUAUACAAAGGCAAUAGCCGAGACCCCGUAUAAAAAGCAACGCGAUGAAUCUUUGGGGCUCUUCAAGAAGUAUUUGGCCAACGACAAGAAGCAAUGUGUCCGCGUCGAGCAGGGCAACGGGUAUGGACGUCUGUGGCAGCAGCAUCUGAACCGCUUGCCGCUGGUCACGCUCGAGGUGGCUGAAUCCAUUAUAGCCCAAUAUCCUUGCCCCAAGAAACUGUUGGAUCACUUUUCCGAUGAUCCCACGGCAGUGCAGUCCCUGGCUGAUUUGAAGAUCAAGCGCUGCAAUGGACCGCAGCCCCUUCACACCGAGAGACGCAUAGGAAACGUUCUCAGCAACAAACUCUACACUUUGUACAAUGCCAGGGACCCCAAUGCUCUGAUUUAGUUUAAGAAUCUGCUCGUGUAUUCGGCUUC